AUUCCUAAAGAAUGUUACCACAAAAAAAAAAAGAUCAUAGACACCACAUAGAUAGACAGAUAGAAGAAAAAUCAAGAAUGGAUCUCAAGUCAUCAUCCAUUACAAUUUCCCUAUCCCUAAUCUUAAGUCAUUUGAUCACUACAGCAGCUGCCAUUAAUGAUACAUCAUCAAAUCGACAAGCUCACCAGCCAUCAUCAGCAUCUGUAGAUCUGUAUUCGAUGUCGCCGUGCCGCCGUGGUGGAUCCUCGAUCGCAGAAUGCAGCCAAGACUUGGACUUGGACUUGGAGUCGGAAGAGAUGAGCAUGGAAUCGGAGACGAGCCGCAGAUUUAUGGAGGAGGAGAAGAGGAGAUACAUAUCGCCGGGGGCCCUGAAAAGGGACCAGCCCGUCUGCAACGGCGGAGGCGCAGGCGAACCCUACUCGAGAGGCAGCGGAUGCCUGCCGCAGCCCUCGCGCCCCUACAACAGAGGUUGCCAGAAAUACUAUCGUUGCAGGUCUGAUGCAUAGAUCAUUCAUUCAUCAUCUCAAUUAUAAUUCUAUCAUCAUAAAUUCAUAACAUAUAUAUAUAUAUAUAUGCACACACACAAGUGUUUGUUUGUUUGUGCGUGUGUUUCUUGAUUUGGAUGGGAAUUAUGAAUGUCUUGUUUUGAUGUAAUGGUUUGGUUUUAUAUCCAUAUCAUAUGUAAUAUAGCUUUAUAAAUUUGUCAAUAUAUAUAUAUAUAGUGUAUUUAUUUUUGAUACUUUA